GUCACUAUCUGACACCCGCGUGGAAUGCCACUGUGCCUUUGUUUUGCGCCCCAUCUCGGGUCCACGAAUUGAAGCAGGCUGUCAUUUGUUUUCAGAAUAAUUCGCACAGCCUACAUGAUUAUGCUCCUGAGCUACAUAUUACGCGGUCCUGAGGUCUGUGAAUGGCAUUUGACGGUCCUUUCUAGGGAUGCCAAUGUUCUACAGCAUCAAUCUAGACCGCGAACAAAUAUUAAGUGGGUGCGCAUCGAAUACUCCUUGCGUAAGUGUGCCAUUAAGAGAAAUGGAAGCAAGCACAUAAUAUGGCCGACGCUGAAAAGUUAUCCGCAGAUUUCAUUGAAGCUGUGCAGAAUGUCCUUGCCAGCAAAGAUGAAACGGCUCGCAAGCAAAUGCUCGGCACCACCAUGCAGGCGAUGGCGAUGCUAGAAGCCCCGGUCGAUGCCAUUUGGAAGUUGAUAAUGUCUCCACAUGCUCCCUCGGCGCUGAUGACCCUGAUCAAAGCCGGUGUUAUUCAAGAAAUCGCCAAAACAGAUUCUCCUUCCUCAGCCGACAAGCUUGCUCAAGCUACAGGAGCAGACAGGCUCUUAAUAGUGCGGCUUUUACGCCCCGUCAGCGCCAUAGGUGUCGUGGAAGAAACCAGCCAAGAAGAAUACGCCCCCACACCAAUUACGAAAGCUCUAGUAGGUCGCGUUCUAUCCGGAGGGUACCAAUUCAUGUUCUCUGCCGCGACGCGAUCCUUGGCGAACAUGCCGUUUUACCUCGAGAAGACGGGAUUUAAGAAUGUGGAGGGCAUCCCUGGUCCUUUCCAAGACGCGCACGGCACACAGGACGGCAUGUUCCCGUGGCUGAUUAAGGACCCUGCGCUGAUGGGCAAUUUCAACGCCUUCAUGACAGGUCAGCGAAUUGAUCGUAAACAGUGGUUCGAUAUCUUCGACGUCGAGAAUAUCUUGCUGAAAGGCUCUAAAACGGAUCAGAAUGCAAUCAUGAUGGUCGAUGUUGGUGGAGGCGAGGGCUACGACAUUUCUAUGUUCCACAAACGGUACCCAGAAGCCCCGGGUCGGCUUAUUGUCGAGGAUCUCCCUGCUGUUAUAGACAGCAUCCAGGAACUCGCUCCUAAAGUCGAGAGUAAGAAGCAUGACUUCUUCCAGCCGCAGCCGAUUAAGGGUGCCAGAUGCUAUUACUUCCGCUCUAUCCUGCAUGAUUGGCCUGACGACGAUUGUAUAACGAUCCUUAAGCACACGGCAGAAGUUAUGACGCCAGGAUACUCGAAAUUACUCAUGUCCGAGUUUGUCCUGCCUGCCAGCAACACCCCACUGUAUCCUGCAUUGCUAGAUAUUAACAUGAUGGCCGUACUUAACGGAAUGGAAAGAACAGAAGCCCAAUGGAGCAAGCUUCUGGAUGCCGCAGGGUUGGAAGUCGUGAAAUUUUGGUCGGUUGGUGCCGAGACUGAGGGACUCAUUGAGGCUGUAUUGAAAAGUUGAGCUGUCCCUCGAAGUUGGUAAAACUUUGGUUGCACUUCGAUCUCCUUUAGAUCCUAGGAUAAACAACACGAUAAAUUUAUCCCGUUGCCAAAA